UGGUGAUCGUGGGUCUUGUGUCAAAGCGUUUUGCGGUCCAGUUUUUAUAAAGCGAAAGCAGCCUCGAUUUUCAGUUAUUUUUUCCCCUUAAUUCUGCGCGUGGUCCAUAAAAGCUGAGCCGCUUCGCCCGUUGGAGCACCAGUAGUCUUGCAAUAGCUUAUUAAUGGUCCUUCUGCCCAUUUAUUAUGCUAACUUGUAUUUUGAGAAAAUAUAUAGUGGUGUUACAAACUCGGCUUUAAAUAUUUAAUAUGUGGAAUUCAUUUGUCUGGGAGAUACUAAAACCCUUCAUCAGUGAUGAACUGCUUUCCCUGGCGUGUCCCAGCCACCAUAAAUCAGCUCUGGCUUUGGGCCCAUGAUGGGCCAAUUUCUGGAAUCUGGGGCUACAUAAACACCAAAUAUUACUGAAAUACACAUCAGAAGCUGUCAUAGAAUGAAGGUAUUUUUGCAGCUUGUGUGAAUGGAAGGAAUAAGGGGCCCUUUGGAUACUGCUAUUUUAUUGUUGAUGUAAGAAGCAUGGUGAAACUGAUGAUCAAAGUCACUGCACAAAACAAGACAUCACAAGAUAAGCUACCUUGUUCAUAUGAAUAUCAGUUUAAAACACAGCUGCAUUGAUGACAAAUUUUAAAUCAGAAUACUGCAGAGCUUGCAAGUGGCUAUACUGAUUGAGAAGCUAGAAUUAUUUUCUGCCUAUGAAAGCUGGAAAAAAAUGUUCAGAAACCACUAUCAGGGGGGCCCAUUUGUUGAAAUAUUCAGUGCUCAAGGCAAGAACCCAGGAGCAAAAUGGAAGAUUUUUGGCAACCCAUCAGCUAUAUCAAAAGAAUAUGACAAAGAACUAAAAGGCUUUGUUUUUGUACUUGAAGGAAACAGUCUAAUCAACAAAAUGAAGCUACCAAGGGAAACAAAACAAACUUUGGGACUGGUGCAGCAAUUUCUGACACUUCAGAUUUUUGUGCCAUUGGGAAAAGACUUCUCCACGGAGUUACUGAUAACUGAUUAUGAGAAUAUUAAAAGAAGAUUGUAUUUGUCAACAGUCCACAAGGAAUUAUCUGUAACCCCUCUGCAUGCAAAAAUUCCUCUGUUUAUGAUCAAGCGCAAAAUCUGGUGCAAUAUGUGUAUUGACUUGGUAACGUUUACCUAUGAAAUAUUCAGAGGAGCUUUUUUCCGGUCUUUGGAUGGAAUUAUUGUUUCAGCUAACUGUAAGCUAAGAAAGAUCUUCACUUUAAAAUUCAAGCCACAAGAUACAGCUGAGGAAGAUGGUGCACGCACUGUUACACCUGGGCCAUAUGAGGCCUCAGAGGAUAUUCCUCCAACCUGCCAGCUCAAUUCUGAUGUCCCACAAGUUACACAAGUGCUGAACCUAAAUGAAAUUCACAGGCCAAAAAUAAAAUGUAGGGGAAAUGCAGUGCAAGAAACAGGUAUCUUGGUUAAUAGAGGCCAAGGCAACAUAUGCAAUAGUAAAACUCAGGAUGUAUCACAUAUUGCAUUUGGGUCAAAGAUCCUUGGGCCACCUCCAUUUUCAAACAGAAGAACCAAUGCAAAGGUACCUGGAAAGGUAACAAAGACCUUGGGGAGCAAAACAUCAUGCCAACUUCGAAAUUCAGGAAUGCCAACUGAAUCCAUACCAGAAACCAAGAAACUGGAGCUACCACUCUGGCCAUGCAAUGAUACUUUAGACCAAGGAGGCAAAAGAAAUGCUCUCCAAACAACUGCAAAUGAAUAUCAAAAUGACACUGAAAUUCAGACUCAGAAGACAUCUGUGAGUGGAGAAGCCGAUUUUCAGCUCACCUCACCACAGGUACCAUCACCAGACAAGAACAGUCCUAGAAGAUUAUCUCUAAAAAAUGCAGGCAAUCCUGCAUGGGAGAUAACCAGUGAUAAAUGGGUGCUUCCAGAGAGGUUCACUGAGAGCAUUCAGUUGGACAGAAAGGAGCACUCUGGAGCUACUGGAAGUUCAGCCUGCUGUAAUUUACCCUCUGCCCAGAAUGCCUCUGCUGAACAUGGCAGCAGGGAAACAGCUGAUCAUCACAGGAGUAAGAAAGAGGUUUUCACAUUUUCAUCAAAACCUCGAUCAGCUCCUUAUGGGAAGUCUCUGAAUCUAUCCCCAGAAAGUUACAUUUUCCCGUUGGAAUUGGAGCUAGACAGUAAUGGAGAAUAUGAGAAAACCAGAACUGAAGAAAGCUUUGAAGGAACUGAAAGCAGUGAGGAGGAUGACAACAGUGAACUCAGCCAGAGUACUGAGAACAUUGAGAACAGCCACAGUAGACAAGGAACAUCUGAUUCAGCAGUUUUUAAAGAGAUCUCAUUAAAUAAGAUGUCACAGAGAAAUGAAUACUGGAAGAAUAAGGAACACAGCAAAUACAGCUUCGAAGAGGCCAUAUUAUCAAAGCCACAGAGUUCCACCAUGAGAAAAACAGAAUCAAUUAGCUUUCAGAGAAGUUUAAAGCCUAUCCUUUCUCUUUCUCCAAUUCAAAGUAAAUCCAAAUCCUUUAGAGUAAUUAGAAAUGUAUAUGAAGAAACUGAAAGAUAUGAAGGAGUUUCAGAUCAAUUAGAAAGAUCUGUCAGUAAAACAUCUCUCAAGAAAGUCUCAAAAGGAAGUUCAUGUCUGACAGUACAGACUUGUGAGUAUAACAGGAAAAAGUACCAGUCAAAUAGAGUGAGUUCAUUUGAACUACAGAUGCUGGCCAGCAUGAAGAGACAACAAAAUGAAGAAUUAAGGGAUGCUGGGAUCUCCCAUGGGCUAAGCACCUCACAGAUCAAUUGCUGCAAUGUCAGCCUAAGUAUAAGCAGUGAUGCUGAUACAGCAACCUGGAACUCUUGUUUCCCACCACCCGUCAGUCAGGAGCAUCACCAUGAGAAAGAAAUGAGCCCACUUUCUCAUUCCAACCCACGGGACUGGUUAAAUAUGUUCAGUCCCCCUAUCAUUCCUGGAAGCCAACAGCUAGAAGAGAACACUAAAUCUUCAACAAAACAGAGAACUCCAGAUACUCCCAAAAACCCACUGUAAUGAAGAGAUCAUUUCUCCAAGAAGUAAGAGAGAACAACAAAGCCAUUCCAUGACCUUCCCUCCUCAAACAGGACAGUUUGGACUUUUCUGAACUACUGGACACCCCUCUCUGUGAAAGCAGCAGAGAAGCUGCGGUGCUGUGUGAUAAAGGCCUGUCAGAUGAGAUCAUCCCCAUCAAAUAUUAGAAUCUGGGUGUUUUCCUGGAUACCUUGGUUUAAAAAAAAUCCUGAUGGACCAUGGUAACUCAAUGGUUUGGAGGAUCAUUUUUGAAAGAGGUGCUAAAUAAAUGGUGUCCUGUGACAUAUCUCAAGAACUUUGGGGAAAUUUUAUUUCCUUGUUCACUUCACUUAAGCUCAGUUAUUUUGUGGCAAAUGAGCUGGUUCAUUACUGACAGUUAUAUAUCAGAUCUGAACAACAAACUGAAUGCUCAGAUCCAUUCCAGAAA